AUUAUCUCGCUCGCCGACGCCGUCGACGAUAAACCCUAAACACCGCCAUUAUCUUUAUUCUCUCGUAUAAUAAUGACGUCAUCAUCUUCUUCCCUCAAAGUCCACCACCACUCUCAGAAAAGGAAAAGAGAAAAAAAAAAAAAAAAAAGAUAACUCUCCUUUCAUGAAAAAGCUGACUUUAUGACUUCUUACUCUCGCCGUCUUCUUCCUCUCGGAGCAUCGCUUACUAGAGGAACAGUUGCUUCCGAUCAAAUCCGGAAUGGAUUUCUAAAAUGUUUCCGAGGAUGCGCCACCGUUACUACGUCGGAGUCGGCGUUAGCUAAUCUAGAAGCGAGAUACGCCGUUGCGUUGCCGGAAUGUUCUAAUGUGGAUGAAGAGAUCACGAAGAUCCGGGGAGAGUUCGAGCUGGCGAAACAGAGGUUUCUUAAUAUCCCUGAAGCACUUAAUAGUAUGCCUAAGAUGAAUCCUCAAGGGAUAUAUGUUAAUAAGAAUCUGAGAUUGGAUAAUAUACAAGUUUAUGGAUUUGACUAUGAUUACACUUUGGCACACUACUCCUCUCACUUGCAGAGUUUGAUCUAUGAUCUUGCCAAGCAGCAUAUGGUUAAUGAGUUUAGAUAUCCUGAUGCUUGCGUCCAGUUUAAGUAUGAUCCGACUUUUCCCAUCCGAGGGUUGUACUAUGAUAAACAAAAAGGAUGCCUCAUGAAAUUGGAUUUCUUUGGAUCUAUUGAGCCAGAUGGGUGUUAUUUUGGUCGUCGUAAGCUAAGUAGGGAGGAAAUAGAGAGCAUGUAUGGAACACGACACAUAGGUCGUGAUCAAGCAAGAGGUCUGGUAGGAUUGAUGGAUUUCUUCUGUUUCAGCGAGGCUUGUCUUAUUGCAGACAUGGUCCAAUAUUUUGUUGACGCCAAACUUGAGUUUGAUGCUUCUAACAUCUACAAUGAUGUCAAUCGUGCUAUUCAACAUGUCCACAGAAGUGGAUUGGUUCAUAGAGGGAUACUUGCGGAUCCUAACAGAUAUUUGCUGAAAAAUGGUCAGCUUCUACGUUUCCUGAGAAUGCUAAAAGAUAAAGGAAAGAAACUUUUCUUGCUGACCAACUCUCCAUAUCAUUUUGUUGAUGGUGGAAUGCGCUAUCUGAUGGAGGACUCUUUUGGCCUCAGGGAUUCCUGGCGAGAGCUCUUCGAUGUUGUGAUUGCUAAAGCAAAUAAACCAGAAUUUUAUACAUCUGAGCACCCUUUCCGUUGUUACGAUUCUGAGAGGGAUAAUUUGGCAUUUACAAAAGUGGAUGCAUUUGAUCCAAAGAAAAUUUACUACCAUGGCUGUCUUAAAUCCUUCCUUCAAAUCACAAAGUGGCAUGGCCCUGAGGUGAUUUAUUUCGGAGAUCACUUAUUUAGUGAUCUAAGAGGGCCUUCAAAAGCUGGUUGGCGAACUGCUGCCAUAAUUCAUGAGCUCGAGAGAGAGAUACAGAUACAAAAUGGUGAUGGCUACCGGUUUGAGCAGGCAAAAUUCCAUAUUAUCCAAGAGUUACUCGGUAGAUUUCACGCGACUGUAUCAACCAACCAGAAAAGCGAAGCAUGCCAAUCUCUUUUGGAUGAGCUGAACAAUGCAAGACAGAGAGCACGAGACACAAUGAAACAAAUGUUCAACAGAUCUUUCGGAGCUACAUUUGUCACAGACACUGGUCAAGAAUCAGCAUUCUCUUAUCACAUCCACCAAUACGCAGACGUUUACACCAGUAAACCUGAGAACUUUCUGUUAUACCGACCCGAAGCUUGGCUUCACGUUCCCUACGAUAUCAAGAUCAUGCCACAUCAUGUCAAGGUGGCUUCAAACCUUUUCGGAACCUGAGACAGGUUUCAUUCCUUUAAGAACUGAUACACAUAUCAUUUUGCGAUACAUGGAAUCUUUCUUGUGUCCGAAGUUUGAUCGGAAGAAGAAAGCAAGCAGCUUUAGUGUUUCCAAUUGCCAUAGGACAACAAGAAAAGGUUUACAAAAUCAAUCUCAGAUUCUUUCUGCUGAUGAUGAUUCUUUUGUAUCAAAUCACUGUUUUGAUCAUUCAUUUCCAUAAUUUUGAAAUAAAGGAUGUAAUAGAGAUUGUGGAAUAUAUUUCUGGUUAUUUAUUUAUUUUAUAUUAUAUUUCUGAAAUUAUUUAUGUGA